AUGAAUCAAAAGUCAGAAAUUGAUCUUUUGCUGAUCGUGACUAGAAAAAUUGACUACGAGGUGAGCGAGGUCAAUGGCCGAGUGAUCAAGGUGGUGGAUACACCAGGUGUCUGCGACACUACCAGUGACAAACAAGCAGCUGACAAGCUGGUGAUGGAUGCUUUAGAGAGAGCUAUCGCUACCAACCCUAAAGGGUAUCAUGCUAUGCUGCUGGUUGUAAAGUAUGGUGGGAGGUUUACUGGGGAGGAACAAGCUGGGAUUAAAUAUCUGAAAACACUUUUUGGUGAGAAUUUUGUUAAAGAUUAUGGCAUACUAAUUGUAACAGGAGGGGAUACUUAUGAAUUUGAUAACCAACGACAUGGAAUACCCUUCGAGAAAUGGUGUCGUCAGCAAAUAGGAGCUUUUAAAGAACUUUAUGAAGAAUGUGACAGAAGAGCCGUUUUGUUUAACAACAUUAGCGCUGAUAAGUCGAUAAAAUCAAAUCAGGUUAGACAACUCAUCACUGUUGUGGACCAACUAAAGAGCCGAGGUAAACGUUACACUAAUCAAGCUUUUGAAAGGGCCAGAGAGUCCAGAGCUAAAGUCUUCGUUAGGGUCAAAUACCCCUUUUGGUUAAAGAUGAAACAAUUCGGGAAUUGA